CAAAGAAAGAGAGAGGAGAUGCAAAAUUAUCGAGCACUGAAUAAAUACAAUCACAAACUCUCUAGAGGAGGCUAUGUGUGUAUUGAAGAGAUGUUAAUGGAACAAAGUGGGAAAAGUCUGACUGAACUUGAUAGGGCAGACUUAUGGAGCAUGGGUCGUCGGAAUGCAAAAGGAGAGCUAAUUGGAGAGGCGAGAUUCAAAAAAAUAUUGAUCAUUACCGGCAACUCCAAGCUGAGGGUAAAUGGGCACCUGAUGGCCCUGAUGAUGUGCUGAUGAGGGCGUUGGGCACUCCUGAGCCUCGAGGACGUGUUAGGGCUGGAGGACACGGUGUGUCCCACUCAGUAUACUGGAAUACUCCAACACCUACCUCAACGAAAAAUAAAUCAAAAGCCUCUUCUUCGAAUGACGACAUUAGAAAGGAAUUUGAAGAAAGAUUUCGAAAACAAGAAGAAGAGCAUCGUCAACAAACACAACGCCUAGAAGAGCACCUUCAGCAACAAGAUGAGCUCUUGAGAAAAUUAUUGGCCCAACAGAGCGGAUCAGGAUCUAACGUUGGAGUCCUACCAGCGCCAUCAUCAUACUAUGUGCCUGACCCACCAGUGCCACCAGCGCAGGCGUCCUACUAUACUCUAGACCUAGUAGUGCCUCAAGCAGAACACCAUAUUGUUGCACUACAACCGCUUUUGCAAGAGGGCCGAGCAUGCCAAUUAGCAAUUGGUUCGGUUUCAAACAUUGUUGCAUCAGGUACACUCAUUGAAAGAGAGGCAGGCAACAACUUCCAAGUUAUGAUUACGAGUGUUCUUAAGCCAACCUGUCCUCUCCCUUUUGCAUAUCCUGAUUUGGACAUGUACAUAGUUGCUCAGGCCAUUGGGACGCCAAUAGCGUGGCCUAAGGAUUUUGUCAUUAUAUCUGAAGAUGUAACUCAUGAGACUCCCUCUACAAGUAGGACCAAAUCACAACGACCAAGAGCUCCAUCAACACAACAACCUUGAGAAAGAAGACGACAACAAACUCCUCCAACACAAUUGGCCCACACUCCAUUGGAACGAUUACAGAAUAUCGUAUCUCAUUGGGAUGAUGGCGAGUGUGUCAAUCUAGGCAUAGAGUCUGAAGUUUUUG